CUCAGGGCGCUGGCGCGGCGCUAGCCUCGCGGUGCCCGGGCGCCUCUCCCCGCUCCCCUCCCCGGCCCCGGGUUCCGUCGCCCCGCCGCCCCGCCCCCGCCGGGCCGGGCUGCGGGGUCAGGGGCCGAGCGGAGCGGGUUAUCACUGAACAUGGAAGGAGAUGAGUUUUUUGGAGAAAAAGCAUUCCAGCAUUAUUGUGCAGAAUUCAUUAAACAUUCGCAACAAAUUGGUGAUGGCUGGGAAUGGAGAACAUCAAAGGACAGUUCGGAUGGCUACAUGUACAAAAUACACUUUCAAAUUAAAAAUGGGACUGUGGUGUCACAUCCAGGGACAUCUGGACAUGGACAGACUUGUCUUCCCUUGGAGGUGCUCACCGCUUACAAAGAACGAUUCUUCAUAAAGAACGAGGCUUCAGAGCUACCCUCCGAUGAUUUUGAAGUGACCGGGACUGCAGCAGCGGCGUCCAAAGUGAUUAAAUAUGAAUACCAUGUCUUAUAUUCCUGUAGCUACCAAGUGCCUGUACUUUACUUUAGGGCAAGCUUUUUAGAUGGGACACCUUUAACUCUGAAGGACAUAUGGGAAGGAGUCCACGAGUGCUAUAAGACACGGCUGCUCCAGGGACCGUGGGACACUAUCACACAGCAGGAGCAUCCACUACUCGGGCAGCCCUUUUUUGUACUUCAUCCCUGCAAGACGAAUGAAUUUAUGACUCCUAUAUUAAAGAAUUCUCAGAAAAUCAGUAGGCACGUCAACUAUAUCACAUCGUGGCUGAGCAUCAUAGGGCCAGUCGUUGGGCUGAAUCUACCUCUGAGUUAUGCUGAAGCCACUUUGUCAGGGUGAAUGAAAUGUGGACUGACAAAGAUUCUCCUUUUGAGAUUAGAAAUUGCAACAUGAAGAGUGCCAAAAGUUUCUCUGGCCAGCUAUUUUAAUAAGACCAAUAUUAUGCCAUAUUUCAUCUCACCAGGAUUUGACAUGGAUUGUUUUUCCCUCAGAAGCAAAUGUCUGCAACAACUAAUAUUUGAUAUACAAUGUACUGAACGUUUAGAAAAAAUACUUCAAAGAUACAACUUACUAUAAAUAGCAAAAAAAAAUGAACCUAAUUCAGUAAUACUAGAAAUACUGACAUCAUUGGGGCACUAAUGGUCAUUUUUUUUCUAGGCCAAGAACUUCCCUUCCCUUUUUGAUAUUGAGAUUGAGAAAUGGAUUUAUGUAUUCUUUUUAAUGUAAGAUGUAUGAAAAUUAAAAUACAGGAUUUACACAUCCAUGAAAUUAGUGAUAUAAAUAUGAUCAAUCUUAUUCUCCCACAAUCAAACUCAGGAAUGAUAGAUUAUUUCGAUUUUAUUCCAAAUGUGUGUGUGCGUGUGCAUGUGUGUGGGUAUGUGCAAAUAGAUAAUACAGAAUAAGGAAAAUACAAUAAAUAUUUUAUUGUGAGGUAGUGUGUUUUAACAAGCAAAGUAUGGCAUAGUAACUAGAUAGGAAAUAUUUAAACAUUAACAAUUAUUUUUACAUAUAGUAACUAAACAAUAGUCAUUGUGUCACUCUUCUUGUCAAACUCACAAAUGGCUCUACUCUAAUAUAAGAGGGAUCUUGAGCAAUUCUUCACAUCUGCGAGACUUACUUUCUUCAUCUUUAAUUUGGGAAUAACAAGCUAAUUCAUAGGGUUUCUGUGAGAACAACAUGUGAUUGUUAAUGCAUGGGAAAAUAUUCAAAGUAUUAUACAAAUAUUCCUUAAAUGGUCACCUUGUCUGCGAUUGUUAUUUGCUCAAUCUGUAAAGAAGUGUUAGUA